AUGUCGGUCACAUCACUAAAUGCGUUUAUUAGAGCAUCGGAUGCUCUCGUUGCAUACCGCGUGAGAUUUGAUAAUUUAAAUGAUGAAUUGCAUGACGUUUUUAAGUUGGAGAUUCGGAAACGGGAGUUAGAAAGACUUUGGGACAAAGUUAAUUCGACGUACGAAGUAUGUCUUAACACUCUAGAGUCUAGUGAAUUUAAAGUGGUAGCGGAAAAAUAUCAAGCCACAUCUUUUGAAUAUAUUGAAUGUGGAGGAUCUAUUUCUAUGAAAAUAAAGACAUUGGAAUCCGCUUCAAAAACUAAUGAACUUCCAACAGCGAAUUUGAAUUCCGAUAAUUCAGAGCAUAAUCGACUCUUUCCUGCUAUAGCAGCUCCUACUCCAGUUUCAGCUUUAGUUCAUUCUUCAACUUUGGUAACUGCUGGUGUUUAUUUAUUAAUUCGAUUUAAUAUUUUAUUAAGAAGUUCAUGAUUGGGUAAUUUAUUAUUAUUAUUAUCUGGAUUAACAAUAUUUAUAGCAGGGUUAGGAGCUAAUUAUGAAUUUGAUUUAAAGAAAAUUAUUGCUUUAUCUACUUUAAGACAAUUAGGAUUAAUAAUAAGAAUUUUAUCAAUAGGUUAUUAUAAGUUAGCAUUUUUUCAUUUAUUGACUCAUGCUUUAUUUAAGGCUUUAUUAUUUAUAUGUGCUGGAGCUAUUAUUCAUAAUAUAAAUAAUUCUCAAGAUAUUCGAUUAAUGGGAAGUUUAAGAUUAAUAAUACCAUUAACUUCUUCUUGUUUUAAUGUAGCUAAUUUAGCUUUAUGUGGUAUACCUUUUUUAGCUGGAUUUUAUUCUAAGGAUUUAAUUUUAGAAACAGUUUCUUUAUCUUAUAUUAAUAUAUUUUCUUUUUUUCUUUAUUUUUUUUCAACAGGUUUAACUGUAUGUUAUUCUUUUCGGUUAGUUUAUUAUACAAUAACUGGUGAUUCUAAUUUUUCUUCUUUAAAUAUAUUAAAUGAUGAAGGUUGAGUAAUAUUGAAAAGUAUAAUAGGUUUAUUAAUUUUAAGAAUUUUUGGUGGGAGAAUGUUAAGAUGAUUGAUUUUUCCUACUCCUAUAGUAGUUGUUCUUCCUUCUUAUUUAAAAUUAUUAACAUUAUUUGUUUGUAUUGUUGGGGGGUUAUAGGUUAUAUAAUUUCUAAUGUUUCAUUAUUUUUUUAUAAUAAGGCUUUAAAUAAUUAUAAUUUUUCUUAUUUUUUAGGUUCUAUGUGGUUUAUACCUUAUAUUUCUACUUAUGGGAUUAUUAAUUAUUCUUUAAUUGUUGGAAAUAUAGUAGUUAAAUCAUUUGAUCAAGGUUGAUCAGAAUAUUUUGGAGGUCAACAAUUGUAUUUAAAUUUAGUUAAAAAUUCUCAAUUAAAUCAAAUAUUACAAAAUAAUAAUUUAAAGAUUUAUUUAUUAAGUUUUAUUUUUUGAAUUAUAAUUUUAUAUAUAUAUAUAAUUUGUUUAUA